UCUUUUCAUCCCGUUCUCCGUGGUCUCGUGCUCUACUUCGGUAUUCUGCACCUCUAUUCUCUCUCCACCACCGUCUUCCAGAUCACCCACCUUCUUCCCCAAUCCCCUUAUCUGCAAUACAUUGCCUAGUAUGACUUCUGAGCGUGAGAACAAGACGUUCCUUGCCCGGCUCUGCGAGCAGGCUGAGCGCUACGAUGGUAAGAUGCCUGCUUAUUAGUCUGCCGUAUUGGCUUCACAUGCUGAUCUCUACCACCUACAGAGAUGGUCACGUACAUGAAGGAAGUCGCCAACGUAUGAACCCCUUGCCUCCCUCUGACGAUAACCCCUUUUCCGUAACCCCCUUUUACCCGUGGGUCAGACUAACCCCGCAUCAGAUCGGAGGCGAGCUUUCCGUCGAUGAGCGUAACCUUCUCUCCGUUGCCUAUAAGAAUGUGGUCGGUACCCGCCGUGCCUCGUGGCGUAUCAUCUCCUCCAUUGAGCAGAAGGAGGAAUCCAAGGGCUCUGAGCAGCACGUUUCGAUCAUCCGUGACUACCGCCAGAAGAUCGAGACUGAACUCGAGAGGGUCUGCCAGGAUGUCCUCGAUGUCCUGGACGAGUCCCUCAUCCCCAAGGCCGAGACUGGCGAGUCUAAGGUCUUCUACUACAAGAUGAAGGGUGACUACCACCGCUACCUCGCCGAGUUCGCCUCUGGCAACAAGCGCAAGGUCGCUGCCACCGCCGCUCACGAGGCCUACAAGAACGCUACCGAUGUCGCCCAGACUGACCUUACUCCCACCCACCCCAUCCGCCUGGGUCUCGCUUUGAACUUCUCCGUCUUUUACUAUGAGAUCCUGAACUCCCCCGAUCGUGCCUGCCACCUUGCCAAGCAGGCUUUCGAUGACGCCAUUGCGGAGCUGGACUCGCUUUCUGAGGAGAGCUACCGUGACAGCACUUUGAUCAUGCAACUCCUCCGCGAUAACCUUACUCUGUGGACCUCUUCCGAUGGCAAUGACGCCGAGGGCGCCGCCCCCAAGGAAGACAAGCCCGAGGAGGAGGCCGCUGCCGCCCCCGAGGACAAGGGUGAAGAGGCUAAGCCUACUGCCCCCGAGUCCUAGAGGGAUGGUUAGUGUUCUUGUGUAUCAAAAACAGUAGUAUCCUCGACGUGCCAGUUCGCGCGUGUGACUACUCCCUGGAAGUGCUUAUGAAGGUCUGUUUUAGCUGCGUGAGGGGUUUGGACCGGCACAUAUCUUCCACUUGUUCGGGAUCCUGUGGGUCGACCGGCGGAGUUUGAUAUUUGGAGAGCGAAGGAAAGGGGCUGAGUGGAAUUUACCUCUCUUUUAUUCUCUCUUUAUUCACACCCCAGCAAGAUACAGUGUCUUAUUUCAAUUUCUUAUUCACCCCCCGCCCCUUUUUCCGAUUCCUCUUGCUGUUUCGCUCGUACGUGUUAAGAGCCUCAAGCUUCACAAUAUCUCAAAUCCAAGUAGCCAGUUCUCUCAAUCCCAAGAUGAACCCGUGCUUAGCGGGAAUUGAUUCAUUGGUGUCUUGACUGCUAGAUCCUGGUCCGAUGCCAAUCUCAAAUCGCUUUUGUCG